AUGUUGAUAUUCGUUAUAAUUGGUAUGACUUUGUUGGCGUCGUAUGUACCAUUCAUACUUGGAAGGUCAAAGGUACGUGGUCUGGUGACAAUCCUCACCUUCAUGACUUGUUUUGCCGCCGGUAUCAUCUUGGCUGGUGCAUUCAAUCAUUUGUUGCCGGAUGCCAGCGAGAACUUUGAACAAUACUUUGCUGCGGCCGACCCGGACAACCAGUAUGCCGACUUCCCCUACGCCGAAACAAUCGCCAUCUUUGUGAUGUUCAUGUUGGUCGCACUGGACAAGCUGGUGAUUGAAGGUGGCGUUGUGGGUGGCGGCCACACUGGCCACAAUCACAUGGAUGUCUCGCAUCACCUCACCGAGAGCACAGUCCUGAUCGAUCAGUCACUGAGCACGUCGACGCCCGGAUACACCGAGGGUGGCGGUGGCAUUGUAUUGGUUCCUACUUCAAUAUCAGUCGUGGACGAUGGCGCACAGACAAUUCACGUCAUCAUGGACAACAAUGGAGCAGGAGUUGGGGCUGGAGGAGAUGGAGUUGGCCAUGGUCAAAAAGUGGAUAAUGGAAAGACACAUGCCGCCAACGUGUCUCAGGCUUGGAUAUUCAUGCUGGCGCUUUCAGUCCACUCGAUUUUUGAUGGACUGGGACUAGGUGCCGAGACCGAUCCAAGUAACUUUUAUGGACUAAUGGUGGCAGUACUGGCCCACAAGGCAUUGGAUGGCUUUGCGUUGGGUGUACCAGUGUUCUACGCCAAGUUCUCAAGACUACAAACUGCAUUGGCACUAUCUUUCUGUGCAGCAAUGACACCGUUGGGCAUUGGAAUUGGAAUGGCAAUUGCAAGUUUAUAUCAGGGUACCCAGGCAUACCUUUCAGAAGGCAUCAUCCUAUCAGUCACAACAGGCUCAUUCCUCUAUAUCUCACUUAUCGAACUGAUGCCAUCAGGACUUGGCCAGCCAGGUUGGAUGAAGACCAAACUAUUCCUAACCUUCAUUGGUUGGGCAUUGUUAGCUGUCAUUGCACUAUGGGUCUAA